AUGGUGGUUGAGAUUCCUCGCUGGACAAAUAACAAGCUUGAGAUCACCAAAGACGAGAUUUUGAAUCCCAUCAAGCAAGACAGUCUAGAAAACAAACCUCGAUAUGUCCGAAACUGCUUCCCUUACAAAGGAUACAUUUGGAACUAUGGAGCGUUGCCUCGGACAUGGGAAGAUCCCAACUUCAUCCACCCUGACACUAAAGCAAAAGGCGACAAUGACCCGCUGGAUGUUUGCGAGAUUGGGGAAAGAGUUGGGUAUCCAGGAGAGAUCAAGCAGGUGAAGGUUCUUGGCAUUCUGGCUCUUCUAGAUGGCGAGGAUACCGACUGGAAGAUUAUUGCCAUUGAUGUCAAAGACCCUCUAGCACCUGAACUCAAUGACAUCGAAGACAUCGAGCUUUACAUGCCUGGGCUUCUCCAAGCGACAAAAGAGUGGUUUCGUAUUUACAAGGUGCCGGAUGGGAAGCCCGCAAACAAAUUCUCUUUUAAUGGAGAGUGCAAGAAUAAGGCAUAUGCUAAACGAGUCAUCGAGAAAUGUGCUGAUGCCUGGCGCCACCUUAUAUCGACUGAAGAACAUCAAAUUGCCGUCGUGAAUACAACCAUGGAAGGGUCACCUGGCUAUGUAACUCAUAUUUCUCAGGAUUUGGUCCCCGAUAUAUCGGUUCAGCAACAGUCAUCUCCAAGCUCCAUAGAUAAGUGGUAUUUUAUCAAUGAGGUUUAA